AUGGAGGAAGGUGGAGAAGGCCUUAGAGCUUCUCUAGAAUUUGAUGGUGAGUCUCUGCCAUGCCACUCACAAGGGCAGCAGGGGGUCCAGCUUUCCACUGGCCACUACUCUGGACUUGACAGUGUUACAGAAGGACCAAAAGAUGUCAGAGAGGCCCCCUCUCAAAGUCACCUCAAAGAACCAAGUUUACAGCCCAUUGACUCUUUGAUUUCUGCUCUGAAAGCCACAGAGGCGAGAAUAGCAUCAGGAACAUUACAGGCUGCAAAGGUACUGGACAAAGAUGUUGUUUCUAGUUUUUCACUUCAACAGGUGGAAAAAGAGUUAGGCAUUGCCAGUUGUAAAACACAGAGAGCCAACAAACCACUCCCUGCUGGCCAAGAAAAACCACCAGGCAUACCUCUUUCAGCUGAAGUAACAACUGAGGAAAAUCUUUAUUUGAGCAUCCAGAAGGAUCUGACUGCCCUGCUAUCUGGAGAUACUCAGGCACAACUUCCCCAGCGAAAUGGAGAGAAAGGGGAUGAUGGGAGAAAAGGGGCUUUGUGUUUGCGGGAGCCAGAUUGUCCUGUGUCCUCCUUGGGGAGCCCAGCAGUGACCCACAACUCUGUGAGCAGCACUGGUUUUUUGAAAGAGCAGAGGUCUGCUCUCGGCAGAGAGUACCCAGUGGGAUGUGAUCGAGGCAGCUCUCUGGGACGCACAGGACGGAUCAAACAUGUGGAAUUUCAAGGGGUAGAGAUACUGUGGACGGGAAGAGAAAGGAGAGAGCAUAAAACCCAGCAUACCGUAGGUUUCGAGACAUCACUGGAAAGAACAGCCUCUACAGAAAGCAAAGAGUUUUCCAAAGUGCCAAGCCAUCUCAUGUCAUCUGCUGGUUUGUGUAAUUCAAUUAAUUUAACUGAGAGUGUUUGGGAUGGAUCCUGGAAAACUCCUUCAGAGAGGCCUGGCACUAGCUCAGGGGCAUAUUCCCCUGUGCGUCUUGAUGAGAGUGGAGAGGAUGAAGUCUUCCUGAAGGAAAACAAACAACAUCUUGACAAAAAACCUGAACCAGAGAGAGAAAAAGAAAGAAUCGUUGAGCAAGAGGAGCACAUUAGGGUGGACGAUGAAGACAUCCUUGGGCACGGAUAUACAGAGGAUUCCACUGACGUGUACAGCUCCCAGUUUGAAACCAUUUUGGAUAACACUUCUCUAUACUACAGUGCGGAGUCGUUGGAGACGUUAUACUCUGAGCCUGAUAGCUAUUUUAGCUUUGAAAUGCCUCUCACUCCAAUGAUACAACAGCGCAUUAAAGAAGGUGGUCAGUUCUUGGAGAGGACAUCAGGGGGAGGACUUCAGGAUGUCCUGAGUGUCUCAGCAGAUGGUGGAAUCAUGAUGGGCUAUUCUGGUGGGGUCACCAAUGGGCUGAAUGAUGCCAGCGACUCCAUCUAUGUGAAAGGCACCCCGGAGAAUGCUUUCUGGGAAAGGUACUAAUCCCAUUCUCAUGAAUUGCAUGGUAGUGGUUUUUGUAGCAUUCUCUCUUGGAAAUCUGAGUGUGGAAUAUAUUUUAAAAGUGUUCGGCCA